UUGUUUAUAUCGUUUAUAUGGAAGCAGCCUGUGAGAAAGUUCCGUUUAAUUUUCUAUGUAAAAUCUAGUGAUUUUCAAGAUUUCCCCGCUAUUCCUUACCGUUGCUACAUUCCCCGAGUGAUCUGCGUGAAAAAUGGCCCGCGAAAUCCUGACAUUGCAGCUGGGAAACUACGCAAACUACGUCGGAACGCACUGGUGGAACAUCCAGGAAGCCUCGUUCAACUACGAUCCGAAUGCCGACCCGUCCGAGAUCGAUCACGAUGUCCUGUAUCGGGAGGGUAAAACGCUGACCCGACAAACGACCUACACACCGCGGCUGCUGCUGCUGGAUCUGAAGGGCACGUUGAAAUUCAUGCCGGAAGAGGGUGAAUUGUACGGCGGCGGAGGCGGUCACAAUAGUGCACAAGAUGUUGCCGGCGAAGAGGAAGUGGCGAAAGAAAUUGGCUGGGAGGCGAGUAAGGUGGAAGUUAUCAAGAAGGAACCGGCCGUCAAAUGUGAAUAUCAACGGGAUUUGCAACAGAUCGCUGACGAGGAGGAUGAGGAAGAGAAGGAUUACAACUUCAAGGAAACGGUUGAAGAUUGGGUAGAUUUUAGCUAUUCGCGAUUUCAUCCGAGGAGUAUUAAUAUGGUUAAUGAGUACAGUCAUUCGAAGGAGGAGAAUUUGUUUGACACGAUAACGAAUGGGAUGGAGUUGUGGCAAAAUUAUGACUUCCAGGAUGAUGCUACGGAUCGAAUACGGCAGUACGUGGAGGAGUGCGACGGUUGUCAGGGAUUUCAAACGUUGUUCGAUUGCGUGGAUGGAUUUGCGGGUAUCGGUGCGAAGUGUUUGGAGCAUUUGCAAGAUGAGUAUGGGAAGGCGGGUUUAGCAUUCCCACUGAUACCGCCGAAGAUGUUGAAUUUUAAAAAUGCCGAUGAAAUUAUGAGUGGCUCGGUGCGGAUUGUCAAUACGGCGCUAUGUUUUUCGAAUCUAGUGGAAUCAUGCUCGCUGUUUGUGCCUCUGUCCACAAUGGGCCGUUGUUGGCGAGCUUUGGAUCAGCCAAGAACUUUUCCACACGUGUCUUACGAGGAAUCAAAUUUGUACCACACAUCGGCCUUGUUGGCAACAUUCCUGGAUACGGUUUCCCUUCGAUACCGAAUGAAGAAUCCGGCCACUGGCAACUACCUACCUAGUCUUUGCACUGACGUCACUCCCUACGGGCGUAAAAUGGGCGCCGCGGGGUUAGCGAUGCCAUUCGGAUUGAACAACACCGAAGACCUCAUCGACUUCCUGGAUCAGAACGAACAGAAACUCCACACUCAGCUGACGCCAAAUGUUGCAGUUGGGACAAAGUAUCUGUUCCAAUCGGUUGCAGUCCGUGGUAUCCCUAGGAGCAAACUGAAACGGCCUCCAACGGCAAAGUCCGCCCAACGGCAGCAGCGCAUGGCAGCCUAUCGGUGCGAUUCGGUUAGCGAGAUGCUGCAGUUCUACUACCAAUGUCAGCUGCAUGCCAGCAUGUCGCACGUGACGGCCUGCAGUGCACCGAUGGACCUGCGGACGCCGUUCCCCAAUGAGAUACUGCAAACGCGUGUCGGUUACGACGGGUUCCUGGGCGAGUUCGAUCUCGGAGUGAAGCAGAAAGUAAUUUCGACGCCUACGCUCGCGACCAUUCAGUCAUCUGGGGAUCUUUCGGAUACCUUGGAAAGUCUACACCGGGAGGUAAGUCGAAUCAAAAUCGAAAAAAUUCCUCGCUUCGCUGAAAGUGGCCUCGAGCAGGAGGAGUACAAAGAGAGCUUGGAGCGAUUGUUAAAUUUCAAGGAACUGUACGAAGAUAACUAUGAACUUUAGAUUAACUACUGACAUAUAGACUUGAUGCUUUACACCUCGCGCGGGAAGAA